GGAUUGUGGAUUUGCAAAUCGGUGUCAAUUUUUAGCUCCAUUCAGAGGUACUCGGUAUCAUCUAAAGGAUUUUGGUGGUGAAGGAAAUCACCCUGUUAAUGCGGUUGAACUAUUCAAUCUUCGUCAUGCUUCUUUAAGGAAUGUGAUUGAACGGAUAUUUGGAAUAUUCAAGUCACGCUUCACAAUCUUCAAAACAGCACCUCCUUUCUCUUAUAAAACACAAGCAGAAUUAGUUUUGGCAUGUGCAGGAGUACAUAAUUUUCUUCGACGUGAAUGUCGUUCUGAUGAAUUUCCUCCGGAUCCAGAAGAAGACCCACCUAGCGAUGAUGAGGACAAUCUUGAAUGGGAUGAUUUUCAGACACAAGAUCAACAGAGGGAAAAGGCCAAUGAAUGGAGGAUGAAUCUUGCUACUCAAAUGUGGGCAGCCGCAGAAAAUGAAUAAUUUUGAUCCAUAGUUCAGUAGCACAAGACGUUUGUUCCCAUUUUGUGUGUUGAUGACUUUAUUUUUUUUGUUCUUAUAUUUUUUAAUGCUUAUGCUUCACCUCAUUCGGAAUAGAGAACAUUAGCUAUUAUAUUUGUCAUAUUUUCUAUGCAGCGAUUCUUAUUUAUUAAAGUUUGGUCUAGUUGGAUAUGGUCUUAAAUAAGUCCAAGUAAAAGUCUAUGGAUUUAUUGAAAUCCAUAGAAGUCAUUCAUUUAAAAGUCAUUCAUUUUAAAAG